UCUCGUAGCAGCCUCACGAUCGUCGGGACGCCAAUCGAGCGCUGUCGUCUCUCCGUACUCGAGUAAUCUGAGCGAGCUCCCCGAUACCUCGAUCGGAGUCACGAACGUUCCAUCCCCGUGUGCCGUGGUUUGCAUCUCGUGCGAUCUUCCGUGGUCUGGUGCGCGGUCGUAAUUUUUCACUCGCGUCGAGCCGAGAGCGGGGCGGUGAGAGCAGCAGAAGCGAGCGGACGCCAGGGAGCGCCGGCUCUUCCGGAGAAGAAAUCGCGAGGAAGGGCAGUUCGAGGGUGAUUCUUGCCAUCCGUACAACCGAAACCAGAAGUCAUGGCGAGGCAACAGACCGUGGACCGAAACAUUCCACAUCUGCGGGACAUUUUUGGCUUCGGCAGCAAAUGGGAGAACGCUCGUGGCCAGGCCGAGGAGAAGGCGCCCGGCCACGAUAGCGCCGUGUCGAUGGGCUCCACGUCCGGCGAGGAGGAGAGCCCGAAGAACAGCAAGAAGAAGAAGUCCCGUCGCCGCGACAACAGCAAGACGCUGACGGAGAGCGACGUGAAGCACCUGGAGCGGCAUCUCUCGAUGAAGAAGACCAUACGCAAGAAGAUCAUGCGCGACCUGCAGCAGGCCUUCGUCGAGGACCCAAACGAAUUUCGCGUGGACGACAUACCGCCGGAGCAGCUCAAGGCGGAGAUCAAUAUCCAGAGUCUGAGCUUCGGCACGCCGUCCCAGAAGCAGGGACGCACGCGUGGCAAUGCUGAGAGCACGUUCCUUGACAUGCUGCGCGGCGGCGGUCUGGAGAAAAAUGGCACGGACGGUGACAGGGAUUCCGGACACGGUGGUUCGCCGAUCAGAGAAGCGUCGAGCGCCCAGGACACGGAUGACGAGUCCAGCUACGCAUACGAGGCGCCCACCGCGACGCCCACGAAGAAGAGCGGCAACUUCUGGAGACGUUUCACCAUGAAGAAUCGCAAUAAACGGUAAAUCUGCGCGGCAGGAACCCUAAGCGCGAAGAGAGAGAGAGAAAGAGAGAGAGAGAGUGACCGAUGUACUUUAUUAUUCUCCGUCAUCUCGAUAAUUUUUACCAGCGUAUAAUUAACGAGGCAGAGCUUGCAACUGUGAUAUACAUAAAGCAUAAAAACCAAUUCAUCUUCUCCUCUUCCUCUCCCCCCCCCCACCCCGAGACAAUCCAGACCCAUCGAAUUUUAAGAGGUUCCUGAAAAUUCAAUCCGUACCGCAAGACCGAGGACCAAGAGAUUGAACGUACAAAUUUCGGACCAGCGUUUUUAUCGUUUGCUACGACAUAUCACCGGGGACGUAUUUAUUGCGGACCUUGAAAAACACAGGCAUAAUAUAUCUCUCUUGAAUCAUAAAAUAAGGAAAAUUCGGAUAAGCAUUCAAUUUAUGCCUAUUUAAAAUACAGAAAAAA